AUGCCCAGCGCCGCCAUGGUUACAGAUGAUACCAGAAUCCUGGGGCAGGAUCCUCUCAUCGCUCCAAAUCUGCUCCUGUCGGAAGUCCCUAUCUCAAAAGACUCUCUAGAAACUGUUCUUCAAGGCCGCAGAGAGGCUGUCAAGAUCAUAAUGGGCGAAGACGACCGCCUUCUCGUUAUCUGCGGACCUUGCAGUCUUCACGACCCUGCCACUGCCGUCGAAUAUGCUUCACGACUAAAGGCGCUCUCAGACAAGCUCUCCAGUGACCUCUGUAUCAUAAUGCGCGCAUACCUCGAGAAACCCCGAACAACUGUCGGAUGGAAGGGAUUGAUCAAUGACCCAGACCUUGACGAGUCUUUCAAGAUCAACAAAGGUCUGCGGAUCAGUCGUCAGCUCUUCUGCGACCUCACAAACAGCGGCAUGCCAAUUGCUACUGAAAUGCUGGACACCAUCUCUCCUCAGUUCCUCGCAGAUCUCAUCUCGCUUGGGGCAAUCGGAGCGAGAACCACCGAGUCACAAUUGCAUCGUGAGCUUGCUUCCGGUCUUUCCUUUCCCGUUGGAUUCAAGAACGGUACCGAUGGAAGCUUGACGGUUGCAAUUGAUGCUAUUGGGUCUGCUGCUGCCAAGCAUCAUUUCAUGGGUGUCACUAAGCAAGGUCUGGCUGCAAUUACAAGAACAAGUGGCAACGAGCACGGAUUCAUUAUCCUUCGUGGAGGUACCAAGGGCACAAACUAUGAUGCAGAAAGCGUUAAGCUCACGAAGGAGACGCUGCAAAAGACGGGUCAAAAGCAAGCUAUCAUGAUUGACUGUUCGCAUGGCAACUCCAACAAGGACCAUCGCAACCAACCAAAGGUCGCGGACGUCAUUGCAGAGCAACUUCGUGCCGGGGAGACUUCCAUCAUUGGUGUCAUGAUCGAAUCAAAUAUCAAUGAGGGCAAUCAGAAGGUACCAGCAGAAGGACCAUCCGGCCUAAAGAAGGGUGUCAGCAUCACAGAUGCAUGUAUCAACUGGGAUUCGACUGUCCAAGUUCUCGAAUGCCUUGCAGCAGCUGUCCGAGACCGACGCAAGCUCUCUUCCUCCAAUGGUCACGCCUAA